GCAGAGGCCACACGGUCGUCAGAUGUCAUAAGGGUGCUGGUGCAGUAAUGCUGGAGACACUGAGCUGAGGAAAUUGAAAUAAAAUCACAAUGGAUUUACUAGACUUAACAUAUGAUUACGAAGACUAUGGAAAUGUCACCGACUAUGGAAAUUUCACCUUUGGCAAUGUAACACAUGAAGAAACUUAUUACCACCACACAGCCCAAAACAUGUGCUUCACUCAGGUCCUCUGCGUGCUGUUGCUGGUGAUCAACAUGCUCAUCUGUCUGCUGGGUCUUAGUGGAAACGGCGUGGUCAUCUGGAUCGCAGGGUUUGCCAUGAAGAAGUCAGUCAACACCACCUGGUACCUGAGUCUGGCUGUGUCUGACUUCAUAUUUUGCGCCUUUUUGCCUUUUAACAUUGCCUACAGUGCCACAUCCAACUGGAUCUUCGGCCUCUUCAUGUGCAAGUUCACUUCGUUCGUCAUGUUCCUCAACAUGUUCAGCAGCAUCUUCAUCCUGGUCAUCAUCAGCGUGGACCGUUGCGUCGCCGUCAUGUUCCCCGUUUGGGCACAAAAUCACCGCACCAUUGGAAAAGCAUCGGUGUUGAUCAUACUUGCCUGGAUCGCCUCCGCAGCUUUAAGCAUCCCAUCAAUUGUGUACCGUGACGUCCAGAAUUAUCUGGGCACAAACGAUUGCAUGAACAACUACACGUCCAGCAGGUACGGCCAUAAAGUCAUUGCUGUGAGCCGCUUUAUUUUUGGCUUUAUAAUUCCAUUCAUCCUCAUCAUCCUUUGCUACACGGUCAUUAUCGUCAGGCUGAGAGCUUCCAAAAUGGCCAAAUCCAACAAGCCAUUUAAGAUCAUGACAGCUCUCAUCCUGACCUUCUUCCUUUGCUGGUUGCCGUACCAUACAUUUGUGCUGAUCGAAUUUAACCAGACCUUUGAGAAUGGCAUCAUUCGUCUUGGGAUGCAAAUAGGCACCAUCACUGCUGCCGCAAACAGCUUCCUGAACCCUGUGUUGUACGUGUUCAUGGGCAAUGACUUCAGAAAGAGGUUCAAGAGUUCCAUCUUAUCCAAGAUUGAGAAUGCUAUUGGAGAAGAAGGACGAACCAUCAGUCGCUAUCUGUCCCGCUCCAGCUCGGUGGACGCCAGGGCUUCCACUCAUAUCUGAAAAACAGACUCAAAGCUGAGUGACUGUUUUGUAUGGAUGUUAGUUUAAUGCACUGACAAAGUUUGAUUUGUUGUACAAUUAAAUUGUGCAUGAACAUUCUACGUUUUAAGACAAAAAUAUGAUAUAUAGGACUAUAAGAAAUGUACUGCCUCAGUGCUGCUUAGUGGAUGCCUGGGAAAAGAAAGUAGAACUUGGUUAUUUUACAAUUAAUCAUCCACUAAUACACCAAAAAAAAGGUCACACUUUAUUUUGAUGGUCCGUUUGUUGAAUUUAAGUUACAUUGCAUCUACAUGCCAACUAAUUCUCAUUAGAUUAUAAGUAGACUGUUAGGUUAGGGUUAGUGUGAGCUGACAUGCACUUGCAAAGUUUUUUAUAGUCAGUCUGUUGAAGGAGCAGAUUUUAAGCAGACACUCUAAAAAUACUCAAAAAGACCAUCUAAAUAAAGUGUUUAAAAAAAAGGUUUAGUGGACUGAAGACCUUCCAUUUAUAUUUUUUACAAUGUUUUCUUUAGUAUUUUUGUAAAUUUUAUGCUAUCAUUUAGUAUCAUUAAUUGUAAAGUAUAAAAAUAAAGAAAAUAUAUUGGAAAUUUGUGUUUCACUUCAGCUCAGUAGAUGUUAACGCUUCCACUCAUGUCUUAAAGAUAAAUCUAGGUUUAAGGUUAGUUUCAUUCAAUGCAUUUGUUUAGUAUGACUAAGAGAACAUUUUUGGUUUUGAUUGUGCACUUUAUGACAAAAAAACAUAGAAUAUAUAUGGGAAAGGUACUGAAAAUUUACUGCCACACUCAAGCUGCCUGGAUGGCAGCACUUUCGCUCAUAUCUAAAAAGUAAUUAUAUUUUAGUUAAAUUAAUGCAUUCAUUUAGUAGAAUUAAUUAUACAAUUAGAAUUUGUGUAUAGUCAGCCUGAUCUCAUGAGGAAACAUAACAGAAUUUUACGUUUUGUCCGUUUAGUGGCUAAUUCAGUCGUAUGAAAAUGUACGAUUUUUAAAAGAAGUUGUGGCACCAAAACCCCACCUCUAAACUCAACAAUUAUUUGGGAUAAGCAAAUUGUACUAAAUUGUAAAAAUUAGAACACGAUCAAAAACUAACAAAAACUUUUUGAUAAACGUAACUAAAUCAAAAAGUUACAAAAUACAAAAGAAAUGCAGAAAAGUGUUCCAACAACUUCCGAAAACUGCAUGAAAUACACACACAAAAGCUUCUUCAUUGGCAUUGUUGGUUGCACGUAUAACCUCUAAAGAACCUCUACUUUUCACUAAAGUACUUUUUAUAUUAUUAUGAAUGCUAAAUGCCUUCACUACUGGUUAUUUUAAACUUUCUAUGUAAAAUAAAUUAAUGUUUGUGCUUUGUGAAGCCCAGUGUACCAAAUGUCUUUAUAAUGUCUUCAUACUACUGGUUAUUUUAAACUUUCAAUGUAAAAAAAAUUAUUAAAUAAUUAAAUGUUUGUGCUUUGUGAAGCCCAGUGUACCAUAUUAUGACAUUAUGAAGACAUUAUGAAGACAUUUUCUGCAUUGCUUUUUCUUUAUGUUUAAUCUAUUUAUUGGAUUAGGAAGCACACUGUGAUAUGCUUAAAGUAAAAUGAAAUCUAAAAGUGCUAUUAGUAUUUGAAUUGGGAAUUUCAGUGCAGGACAUUGUUCUGACACUGUUGACUUUACAAGUACACUUUUACUUCAUACCAAUAGGUUAGCUAAGAGCACCAAAAUAAAUAAUGGAUAGUUCCUCAAAAAUUAAAAUUUACUUAUCAUAUACUCAAACUCAAGUGAUUUCAUACCUAUAUAUGUUUUGUUUUAUCUUUUGAACACAAAAGAAGAUAUUUGAAUAAAAAAAACUGUAACCAACUUCCACAAUAGAAAAAAAAAAUUACCCUGGAAGUCAGUGGUUAUAGGUUUCUAAUAAUUUUUAACAGAGAAAAAAGUCUGCGACAAGUGAAUGGUGAGUAAAUGAUGACAGAUGUUUCAGUAAUGUGUGAACUGUUCCUUUAUGGUGAAAUCAAAGAAUGAACCAAGUGACACUUUUCUCAAUGUUUAAUACUGUAAACUAAAACAAUCUUCUGUAUUACAAAAAGGCAUAUAAAAAAAUGUUACGUGACUUAUUGAAUGGUACUGCAUUGCAGAUCUGAUGAAAACAUCUACAUUGAUAUGAUCACAUGCUUUCGUAACUGCUAUUCUCUUAUUGUUAUAAUUUUAGCAGUUUUUUUUUAGUAUACUGAGAGGAACCAUGAAUGUCAUAUUUCAUUAACAUUUUCAACAUAUGUAAAGGGAAGAUGUGGUGCAACAACCACAGGAUGUAGACACUGUGACAAUUGUUUCUUUUUAAACAGAGACUUUUUGAACACACUUUAGUCCAAUCAUCUUCCUAUUAUAAAGUAUAGACAUUAACAAUAUAGUGAA